CAUAUAGUGUUGGGAAGCAUAUUGCAAAAAUGAAGGAGGAGUGUAAGAAAGUCCAUCCAAACAUUACCAUCUUAAAGGAUAAAAUGAAAAGGACAACACACGAAAGAAUGGAGUUUAUCCAGAGUCACUCUACCAGGGAGUCAUUACUGGAAUUCCCUGCAUUAAAUCAGAUUUUCUCAGAAAUUGAAGAGAGAUAUAAAGUUGACCUGGACAAGAUGCUGCUGCACGGCCUGGGGAGGGCAGCAGGGAAGAUUAUUGAGCAGGUGUCAAAAAAGAAGCAGGGAACUAACAUUCUUUCCGAAUACGAGAUGGCACUGGGUGAAGCUUGCGAGGAGACUCACAAAGGACUCAAAAUUUGUGCUGCAGCACUCAUGCUCCCGCACCUGUUCAACGAGAACCCUGACAAGCUGUAUGUGAUUGAUAAGGUGCCCAGGGCUCCAACUCCUCUCCUGGUGGUGGAUGGCAACCCUUUUGGAGAUUGUAGCAUAACCCUAACAAUGGACGGCGUUUCUAUAGCACACCCUGAUGACAUCACAAUGGGUAUUGCAGCGUUACUGGGGACAUACUUCAUUUUCGGAGUGAAAUACGCUCAAAAUAUAAAAAAGACACUUGCAUUCCUCCAGAUAGCGUCAGGAAUUACAUCACAAGAAAAAAUAAAUCCAACGGUGGUUAGAAUGGCCAAUGCCUUACUGUAAGAUUAUUGUAUUUAUCCUUGCAUGUAUCUAUUAUUUUAUUUAUUGUAUUUAUUAUUGUAUUGUAUUUAUCAAUAAAUAUCUGAUUUAACAAA